AUGCCGGCUGACCCGGGGCCCGAGGCGGGCGGUGGCUGGCCAGGCUUCCUCAUGUCCUGCCUGAAGGGCCCCCAUGUCAUCCUCAAGAUGGAGGCCAUGAAGAUGGUCCACCCUGAGAAGUUCCCCGAGCUGCAGGCGGCCGCCCCCUGCUUCCCACCUGCGCCCCGGCCCGCCCCGGCUCUGGCACCCAAGCGAGCCUGGCCCUCAGACACAGAGAUCAUCGUCAACCAGGCCUGUGGGGGGGACAUGCCCGCCCUGGAAGGGGCGCCCUGCACCCCGCCUCUGCCACGGCGGCCCCGCAAGGGCAGCGCCGAGCUAGGCUUCCCCCGGGUGGCACCAGCGGACGAGGUCAUCGUGAACCAGUACGUGAUCCGGCCUGGCCCUGCGGCCCCGGGGGCCCCUGCGGCGGCGGUGGCCGCGGCUGCGGGGGAGCCUCUGGAGUGCCCGACGUGUGGGCACACGUACAACGCCACGCAGAGGCGGCCCCGCGUGCUGUCCUGCCUGCACUCCGUGUGUGAGCAGUGCCUGCAGAUUCUCUACGAGUCCUGCCCCAAGUAUAAGUUCAUCUCCUGCCCCACGUGCCGCCGCGAGACUGUGCUCUUCACUGACUACGGCCUGGCUGCGCUGGCCAUCAACACAUCCAUCCUGAGCCGCCUGCCGCCUGAGGCGCUGACCGCCCCGUCGGGUGGCCAGUGGGGUGGUGAGCCCGAGGGCAGCUGCUACCAGACCUUCCGGCAGUACUGCGGGGCCGCGUGCACCUGCCACGUGCGGAACCCGCUGUCUGCCUGCUCCAUCAUGUAG